GUGGUAAAACUGCCGCAGAUCAGAAGGGCCUCUGCGAGGUCCCGCCUCCUGUCCCCUCACGGACCAAUCACAUCACAGAGACGCUGCUGAGAGACAGUCAGGCUUCUGCUAAAGGUCUGUCCAAGAUGGCGCCGCCCCCUCCGGUUCCCAGUAAGCCCAAACCGCUCUCCUCGUCCGGCCCGCCGACCUUCUCCAAGCCCCCCUACAGCACGGGGACCUUCCCCGGGAAGGUGCGGCCGGUCGGGGGCCACCUCAGGGCCCCGGGAGUCCUCUCCAGCCACAGCCACACCCUCCCUCUGCCCAACAAGCAGGAGAGCCCGCCGGCCGCCGCCGUGCGGCCGUACACGCCCGACCCCUCCGAGGCCCCGCCCCCCGUGCUGCAGAAGCCGCAGACGCUGGCGGCUUCGUCCAUCUACUCCAUGUACACCCGGCAGGGGAAGGGCUACCAGCCGGGAGGCCAGGGCACGCUGCCCCGCAGCCAGCCCCGAGGUGACGCACCACACACCCACACCGCCACCGUGACA